AAUAAGAUGUGAAGAUGUGAAAAAUCGUCACCGUUUCAAACCAGAGACACAGUUUAAGAGCGGAGCAUCUUCGUAUAAACUUACAUUUCUACUGUGAACAGACAGAGGAAACUAUGGCAAGAACCAAGCAGACCGCUCGUAAAUCCACCGGUGGCAAAGCUCCCAGGAAGCAGCUGGCCACUAAGGCUGCCCGGAAGAGCGCCCCGGCCACCGGCGGCGUCAAGAAGCCUCACCGUUACAGGCCCGGGACCGUGGCUCUGCGUGAGAUCCGGCGUUACCAGAAAUCCACCGAGCUGCUCAUCCGCAAACUGCCCUUCCAGCGUCUGGUCCGUGAAAUCGCUCAGGAUUUCAAGACCGACCUGCGCUUCCAGAGCUCCGCCGUCAUGGCUCUGCAGGAGGCCAGCGAGGCAUACCUGGUGGGGCUGUUCGAGGACACCAACCUGUGCGCCAUCCACGCCAAGAGGGUCACCAUCAUGCCCAAAGACAUCCAGCUGGCCAGACGCAUCCGUGGAGAGCGAGCUUAAACAGUCUGAUCCAACAAACACAACGGCUCUUUUAAGAGCCACCACAUGAGCACUGAAGAGCA